UGCGCCGCUCGGCCGCCGGAGUCGACGGCAGAGGUCACAGGUCACCAGCUGGGGCGGCAGCUCGCUGAGGAUACCCAGGUCCGGCAUCAGGAUGGCGUGGAUGGCGUCAAUGCUGAUACUGGGUGCAGCGGUGUCACUCUCCAGAGCGGCCAACGUCGACGUGCUUAGCAGGAUCGACCGCAGCCUCAUCCCCUACAGCGGCAUGAGCAGCGCUCGCAGCCCGCUAAGAAGGUACCGGUACCCCAUUUACACCAAGCGAGCCUAUGUGGAGGACCAGGAUGAGAAUGACGAUGACAACGCUCCCGAGACCGACAAGCGCUUCCUCCGCGGGCUCAAUCUGCGCCCGCUGUCGCUCGGCUACCGCGCCAAGAAGAUGCACGGCCUCGCGCCGCGCUACGACAUCUCCAUGACGCCAUAUGACCUGAAGGCCAUGGCCAUGCUCUACCGGAGCGGCCGCCGGAAGCGCACGCCCGACCUCUACGACCUGAAGCGCAUCUACCGCAUCUACGAGGCGGGCCGAAAGCGCAGCGCGUCGGCGGCCGGGGCCAGUGAGGGCGGCACGCGCGAGCGACGCGACUUCUCCUACGACGUGUGGGACGCGUCCCGGCUGGCCGACGCCGGCAAGCGGUCGCCGGUGACCAGCUACUACGACCUGCUGGACAUGGCGAGGAUGGCCAAAGCCGGGAAGCGGGCGGCGAUAGACGGAUACCACCUCUGGGACCUGGCGCAAAUGGAGCAGGCCGGGAAACGCUCCGUCGACGACUUGGGCCUCUGGGACCUGGCGCGGAUGGAGCAGGCCGGGAAACGCUCUGUCGACGACUUGGGCCUCUGGGACCUGGCGCGGAUGGAGCAAGCGGGGAAACGCUCGGUGGACAACCUCCACCUUCUGAAGCUGGCUGGUAUGGCCGACGCUGGGAAAAGAAGCGCUCAGCACUUCAUCGGCCCCUACAGUUACAAGGGCCUGUACAGUCUGUACGGAAAGCGCACCGCGAAUGGGGAGGACGACGACGAAGGGCACUCGGCUUCCGUGGCGGGAUCGGCCAAGCAGAAGCGCAGCUUCGAUGACUAUUUCGGCUGGGACCGUAAGAAGAAGUCGGUCGUGGAGGAUGCCAUGACCGACAGCUACUUGGCGACGUUGAAAAAGCAGAUGGCGGACAAGACGGAGAAGAGAGGCUCCUCGGAUGGCAUGGGUAUGGUCAUGAAGAAGGCGACUGACGGUGAUGAGGACUAGAUCGUCCGCCGGCCCGUCCCAAGCCAGUUGGAGCGAGCACGGAUGCCGACGCCGGGCCCCGGGGACCGCCGCGGGACAAGAUUAGGGCCGGGGUCUCUCGGGCGGCUCCGGCGGCGCCCGCCGCCGAGAGUCCCACCAGCCAAUCAGCGGCCCCCGUUUCGGCGCGCUGCCCCGUCAGCGCGUACCCGGCGGCGGUCGUCUGCGCUCGCGGCGGCCGGCUGAUUGACGUGACGGCGCGCGACAAGGAGAUGCUGUCAGUGAAGCGACGCUAUCCUACCGAUGGCGAGUGCCGUCGCGUGACUCUCGUACAAGAUGUGGGACCCAUGAGGCCGGCCAAUCACUGUUCGAUGUGAUCGCAUCCCGAAACCGGUGCCCCUGACUGGUGAUUUCCGAUGCAGUCUCCCGUGCGUUCAUUCUGUUGCGAAUGCAACCCGCUCGGUUAAGAUGUAGAGGUUGUUUUACGCCGAUGCCUGUCAUAUCAUCGUUUGUAGGUACCCUGUGAGCACGGC